CUUGAAAUAUGUAAUAUGUAUUAUAGUAUUUGCUAUAAGCUAUUUAAUAACAUAAAAGUGAUACUGUAGACGAUUUUAAUUGCUAAUUUAUAGUUUUGAUGUUUAAAAUGCCUUGAAAUUGGUCAUAUAAAAAAACACAAUGAACGAAGACGGCUUAGAAACUUCAUUUAGGAUGUCAAAUGAUUUUGACUUAACUGGUUUUAUGUUUGGCAACAUCGACGAGAGUGGACAACUUGAAAAUGAUGACAUACUGGAUAGCGACACUAAAAAACAUUUGGCGUCGCUAACCAAACUUGGGUUCAGUUCGAUUUUAUCAGACGUUGUCAGCUCGUCGGAACUAGCACACGCUGAAAACAGUUAUGAAGACAUAGAAGGUGUCGAAGAGAAAUCUGCAACAGCACAAGAUUUUUUUGAUAUAGAUGAAUUAGCAGAAGAGGCAUCAAAUGAUAAUGUAGAAAUAGUCGAUCAUGAAGAUAAUUAUAAAAAACACAGAAAAAUGUCUGAUGAUGAAACCAGUCAAGCUGAGGCAUGUCGUAGACGCCUUGAAACACCUUUAGCUGCCAUGUUGCCGUCUAAAUAUGAAAACGUAGAUGUCACUACCAUAUUUCCUGACUUUAGAGUUGGCAAGGUUCUAAGAUUUUCAAGAUUAUUUAAACCUAACAAGUCAAGUCGAUUGCCAAAAAUGUGGCGUAAUGUCAAAAAUAAACGUAAAAAAAGAAGAAAUAGUGAAAGUAGUUUGUCGAAUGCUGGUUCUAGAGAACAUAUUUUUAACCUGGAAUAUGGUCCAAUGCCUCCACCAGAAUGUAUUGCUGAUGACGACGAGGAAAAAUUCUUACAACCUAUUGAAACCUUUUCGAAGGAAACUAAUGAAAGUAAACAAGAACUAGAAGAUGGUUCAAAUAACCAAGCAUACUGGAGGAAUGGACCUGCUAAAUUGUGGUAUGAUAUGUUGGGAGUUCCUGAAAGUGGAGAAGGCUUUGACUACGGUUUUAAGCUUAAAGACAAAAGCAAAGAAGAAGAAAUUAAGUCUGAAGAAAAUCCAUAUCCAGACGAUGCAUAUUUAAUGGUUAGCCAAUUGCAUUGGGAGGAUAAUAUAAUUUGGAACGGAGAUGAUAUCAAACAUAAAGUCCUUCAAAAAUUAAACAGCAAAACUAAUGCUGCCGGAUGGUUACCUAGUAGUACUAAUCGUACUGCCCAAACAUUUAGCCAACCAGGAAAAGGAAUGCUUCCGCUUGCUGGUGGAUCAGUAAGAUUAGCUACGUCUAAUAUAAACGUAUCUCAAUCACAAAAUAAGAUAGCUCAAAAACCAAAUAUGACAAAUUCAAAACAGCAACCAAUAAAUGAUACUACCGAUGACACAUGGUAUUCCAUUUUUCCAGUUGAGAAUGAAGAGCUUGUUUAUGGCACUUGGGAAGAUGACAUAAUUUGGGAUGCGCAAAACAUGGACAAAAUACCUCGUCCCAAAAUUCUUACUUUAGAUCCGAAUGAUGAAAAUAUUAUUUUAGGGAUCCCUGAUGAUGUCGACCCGGCCAAACAAAGAUUAGAUAAUGCUACUCCGGUAAAAGUAAAAAUUCCUCACCCACAUGUCAAAAAAUCAAAAUUACUUCUAGGCAAGGCUGGUGUCAUUAAUGUAUUAGAAGAAGACACCCCAAUGCCACCACCCAAGUCACCAGAUAGAGAUCCAUUUAAUAUAUCAAAUGAUUGCUAUUAUCAACCACGUUCAUCAGAAACAUCAUUACGCCUCAAAGUUGGUGGAGGUAAUAUUAUUCAACAUUCUACGCCUGUUGUUGAGCUAAAGGCACCUUUUAUACAAACCCAUAUGGGACCAAUGCGCUUAAGAAAUUUCCAUCGUCCACCAAUAAAGCGUUAUUCACAUGGUGUUGUAUCUCAGCCUAUAUUUCAUUGUAUACAGCCUCUUUUAAAAAAUAUCAAAAAGAAAGCCAAGCUUAGAGAACAAGAACGAAUUGCUUCUGGUGGCGGAGAUGUAUUUUUCAUGAGAACUCCUGAUGAUUUGACUGGCCGAGAUGGAUCUAUUAUUCUUGUAGAAUAUUGUGAAGAACAUCCUCCACUUCUUAAUCAAGUGGGUAUGUGUUCGAAAAUAAAGAAUUAUUAUAAGCGUAAAAUUGGUAAAGAUCCUGGUCCACCAAGUUUACGAUUUGGAGAGGUCGCUUAUGCGCAUACAUCUCCAUUUUUGGGAGUGUUGUCUCCUGGCAAAACAGUACAAGUUAUUGAAAAUAACUUAUAUCGUGCUCCAAUGUACGAACAUAAGCCUAUAGAGACUGAUUUCCUUCUUAUAAGAACAAGGCAUGCGUAUUUUAUACGAGAAAUUGAUGCUCUUUUUACUUCUGGACAAUUGUGUCCAUUGUAUGAAGUGCCUGGUCCAAAUUCUAAACGGGCAAAUAAUUUUGUCAGAGAUUUUUUACAAGUUUUUAUUUACCGUUUGUUUUGGAAAAGCAAUGACUAUCCAAGGCGUAUAAGAAUGGACGAUAUAAAAAAAGCAUUUCCAUCGCACUCAGAAAGUAGUAUACGUAAGCGUCUCAAAUUAUGUGCAGAUUUUAAAAGAACUGGAUCUGAUUCAAACUGGUGGGUAAUAAAACCAGAUUUCCGUUUGCCAUCUGAAGAAGAGAUUCGCUCCAUGGUAUCUCCAGAACAAUGUUGUGCUUACUUCAGUAUGAUAUCAGCUGAACAAAGACUUAAAGAUGCAGGGUACGGUGAAAAAUUUAUUUUAACCAGUUUAGAUGAUGACGAUGAAGAAAUGCAACUGAAAAUGGAUGAUGAGAUUAAGGUGGCACCGUGGAAUACAACUCGAGCUUAUAUUCAAGCUAUGAAAGGAAAAUGCUUACUUCAACUUACUGGUCCAGCUGACCCUACGGGUUGCGGGGAAGGAUUUUCCUAUGUUAGAGUGCCAAACAAACCAACUUUAAACAAAGAGGAACAAGAAGCUCAACCAAAACGUAUGGUUACUGGUACCGAUGCAGAUUUAAGACGUCUAUCAUUAAAUAACGCAAAAGCUUUGCUGAGAAAGUUUGCAGUGCCCGAAGAAGAAAUCAAAAAACUGUCUCGAUGGGAAGUUAUUGAUGUUGUUCGAACAUUGUCUACUGAAAAAGCUAAGGCUGGUGAAGAAGGAAUGACCAAGUUCUCUAGAGGAAAUCGAUUUUCUAUUGCAGAACAUCAAGAGAGGUACAAAGAAGAAUGCCAACGUAUAUUUGAUUUACAAAAUCGAGUACUGUCAUCACAUGAAGUAUUGUCUACUGAUGAAGGUGAAAGUUUUGAUGAAGAAGAUUGCUCCGAUAUAGAAGAAAUGGGGAAAAACAUUGAAAAUAUGUUAUCAAAUAAAAAAACCAGCACACAAUUAUCAUUGGAAAAAGAAGAACAAGAACGACAUGAACUUCGUAAAAUGAUUAUGGGAGAACAUAAUGAUGAUACAAGAAAACGAGAUAAAAAGAAAAUGGAUGACGAAGAUAGCAUGCAAUUUUCAUCUACAGUGCAGCCCGGUCGCGUGCUUAGAAUUUAUAGAACAUUUCAAGGAGCCGAUGGUAAAGAGUUUACGAGGACAGAAGUAGUGCGUAAGCCAGGUGUAAUUGACGCAUAUGUUAAAAUUAGAACAACCCGGGAUGAAGGUUUUAUAAGACAAUACGCUCUAAUGGAUGAAGCACAGAAAGAGGAAAUGAAAAGAGAAAAACGUAGGAUACAAGAACAAUUGAGACGAAUUAAAAGGAAUCAAGAACGUGAACGCUUUUCUAACAAUUCUAAACCACAACCAGGAUUUGGAUACUCAAUGGUUAACAAAAACAAUUCUCUCAGUAGUGAUUUACCAAUGCCAACAUCUGGUACUGUUACUAUACCCAAACCUCGUAUGGAAGCUACCCCACCAAAACCUCGUAAACCUAAACCCAGUAAAAUGAAACCAGACUUAAAAGUCAGAUGUGGUGCUUGUGGUAAUGUCGGUCACAUGAGAACUAACAAAGCAUGUCCUCAGUACAAUUUAAAUCCGAAUGCUCCUGUAAAUGUUGCCCUUACUGAAGAGCAAGAAGAAGAAAUUGAAAAACAGAUGAACGUAGAAGACGAGGAUUUGGUUAACGUAGAUGGCACUAAAGUUACUUUAUCUAGCAAGUUGUUAAAACACGCUGAAGAAGUAAAAAGAAGGUCAUUGCUUUUAAAAGUACCCAAAGAUGCCCUUUCACGCAAGAAACGUAAAAGUGAACUGCAUUGCGAUUAUCUAAAAAAACCUGAUCGAUCGGCUAAUAGGCGUCGUACUGAUCCUUUGGUUGUUCUUUGUACUAUUUUUGAAUCUAUUUUGAACGAAAUGCGUGGUAUGCCAGAUGUCAAUCCUUUUCUCUAUCCAGUUAAUGCUAAACUAGUACCAGAUUACUAUAAUAUAGUCCAAAGACCAAUGGACUUGCAAACAAUACGAGAAGGGCUUCGUUUAAAAAAAUAUCAAAACCGAGAAGAAUUUCUUUCUGAUGUUAAUCAAAUUGUUGAAAACUCUACUCUGUAUAAUGGAGCUAAAAGUUCAUUGACAGUUGCUGCACGACGUAUGUUGGGUGUAUGUGUAGACCGUUUACAUGAAAAAGAAGAACGACUUAUGCUGCUUGAAAAGGCAAUUAAUCCAUUAUUAGAUGACAAUGACCAAGUUGCUUUAACUUACAUAUUAGAUAAUGUUGUUGGUAAACUUAAGACUAUGAGUGAAGCAAAGGCAUUUAUGAAACCUGUAAAUCAAAAAUUGGUUAAAGAUUACUACAGCAUAAUUAAACAACCAAUUGAUUUAGAAACCAUUGCAUCUCGUGUCUCCAGUCAUAAAUAUCACAAUCGAAAAGAAUUUUUAGCUGAUAUCAACCUAAUUUUGGAAAAUUGCAUUAGUUAUAAUGGUGAAGAAUCUGAGUUCACUCAGCAGGCUCGAAAUUUGGUAAAAGCAACUAGUGAAUCUUUAGAAGAGUUUGAUCAAUAUCUAACACAAGUUGAACAAAAUAUCAGUUUAGUUCAAGCACGAGCUUUAGAACAAGUUGAAAUUGAUUCAGUAAUCGAUGAUGAUUAUGCUGAUAUGCAAGACGUCGAAGAUAGUUUAAACUCGCCCCAGGAACAUAAAGUUAAAAUUGAAGAUAUUGAACUCCAAAUGGAUGACAGCCAACUUAAAACAGAGAGCCAUGAUAUAUUAGAAGAUGAUUUAAAUUGUUCGAGUGAAGAAGAUGACUUCAUGGAAGUAGUUGGGGACAACCCAGCAGAUGAUAGCCAGCAAGUAGCAGAAGCCAUGGUUUUGCUCGGUAACACAGGAUACAAAUCUACUUCUGAAAAUAUCUCCAACCAAAUCCAUGGCGAUGAUAGUAUGGAUCUAGACCCAAAUUACGAUCCAUCAGACUUUUUACCUACUGGUAGUAGAACAUUUGAAAGUGGAGAAAAGAGAAGUCAAAGCAGUGCUAGUGCAAAAAUUCAAGACGACUUGGCCAUCAGUGAUUCGGAUGAGGACAAUGUAAGCGAUGAUAUUAAAACUAAAGAUGAUCUAGGCGAAUUGUGGUUUUAAAAUAUCAAUAUUAUAAAUGGCUGAACAUUUCUAAUGGUAAAUAAACCAUUACAUUUGUAUAUAUUAUAUAAUUUAUUUAUUUUUUAUUUUUAUUUAUUAGUUAAUUAUUUUAGAACUAAAUUUAUAAUUGACAACUCUUUAUAUAUUU